GCAGAAAUCACCGGGGCCGUGAGCCCGGCUAGCUCCGGGAAUCCCUGGCGCACCGGCGGCGGCAGGAGCCGUGGCCGCAUCCGCAUUACGCGCCGGGCUCGCUGCCUGCUCUGCCUGAGCGGCGGUGCCCGGGAAGCUCAGCUCCGGAGCCAGGCACACCGCGAACUGACGCUCCGAGGCUGGACCGCGGGGCAGGAGCCGACCGGAGCGGGGCGGGGGGAACUUCCGCAAGGCGACCCUCACCGAGGCGUCCGGGCGCCAUCUCCGCCUCGACCCGGGGGAGUGAGGGGGGGCGGCCCCGGGAGCCCUGGGGGCGGUCGUGGGGGGGCUGUGCCGGUGACGUCGGGUUUGCAGCAGCUCCGAGCGGCAGCGGGCGGGCGAGCCCGCCGCCCGGUGCUGCGGCAGACGGCGGCGGAGCCGGGAGUCGUAUCGGGGGAGCUCCGCCGAGGAGGGCUCCGGCGGCGCCAGGAUGUAGGCGCGGGGCGGCGGGGAGCUGCCGCCGGUGACGGGCUCGCCAUGAAGAAGCACUCGGCCAGGGUGGCCCCCCUCAGCGCUUGCAACAGCCCCGUCCUCACCCUCACCAAAGUGGAAGGGGAUGAGCGCUCCCGGGAGUCUCCAGCCCCAGCCGAAGCACAGAUGCAAGCCGGGGCGGAAGGCGGUGGAAGGGUGAACCGCUGUUGCUGGAAAUGCUCCGUGACGCAGCUCAAGAAGAUUGUCUGGGGUGUGGCUAUGGUCCUGGGUGUCUGCUCCUCUUGGUCAGGUUCAACCCAGCUAGCAAAACUGACCUUUAAGAAAUUCGAUGCACCCUUCACUCUAACGUGGUUUGCAACAAACUGGAACUUUUUAUUCUUUCCUUUAUAUUAUCUUGGACAUGUUUUUAAGUCAGCUGAAAAGCAGUCUCCGAAGCAAAGAUACAGGGAGUGCUGCCGAUUUUUUGGAGACAAUGGUUUGACUUUGAAGGUGUUUUUUACCAAAGCAGCACCCUUUGGUGUUCUUUGGACACUCACAAACUACCUUUACUUACAUGCAAUAAAGAAAAUAAACACUACGGAUGUCUCCGUGUUGUUCUGCUGCAACAAAGCUUUUGUGUUCUUGCUUUCAUGGAUCGUUCUGAGGGACAGGUUCAUGGGAGUAAGGAUUGUGGCUGCUAUAUUUGCCAUUGCAGGGAUAGUUAUGAUGACGUACGCUGAUGGGUUUCACAGCCACUCAGUUAUUGGGAUAGCCCUGGUGGUGGGCUCUGCCUCAAUGUCUGCUCUCUACAAGGUUUUAUUCAAACUUCUUUUGGGCAGUGCUAAAUUUGGAGAAGCUGCCUUAUUCCUGUCUGUGUUAGCCGUCUUCAACAUCCUCUUCGUUACCUGUAUUCCUGUCAUCCUUUAUUUUACCAAAGUGGAGUACUGGAGCUCUUUUGACAUCAUUCCUUGGGGAAACCUCUGUGGAUUUUCAAUUCUGUUAUUGACAUUCAAUAUUCUACUAAAUUUUGGGAUUGCUAUUACCUACCCCACCUUGAUUUCUCUUGGAAUUGUGCUGAGUGUCCCAGUGAAUGCAGUUGUUGAUCACUACACGAGUGAAAUUGUCUUCAACAGUGUCCGGGUGAUCGCCAUUAUCAUUAUUGGCCUGGGCUUUCUCCUGUUGCUCUUGCCAGAGGAGUGGGACGUCUGGGUAAUAAAGCUCCUCACGCGUCUCAAAGUCCGGAAGAAGGAAGAAAUCCCUGAAGGGAAUGGAGACAUUACUUCAGGACUGCCUAACAAAAGCCGGAGAACUCGUCCCUCCAUGUCAUCCUUUGCUCAUUAAAUGCUCUUUUUAACAAAACUUUGUGGUUAACCUUAUCUAUGAUGAUGCAAAGGUCUUUUCUUGGAAAGAAGCACACCUGUCCAACAUGGUGUACAUACCUGUACAGUUUUGAUAUGAUCACCAUCUAAGGCAUUGAAUCUUGGCAUGUCCAGUUUGCUUGUACUUUUUUCACAUCAGACCUUUCACUUAAGUAGUACACUGAAAAAAAAAACCUGCAAACCAAGAACCUCUCUUCUCUUUUUAAAUGAAUGUAAUAUAUAGUCAAAAUAUAUUUGCAUAGGUUAUUUUAAAGAACGAUUUUCAUGAAAUGCAGGGCAGACAUUUUGAACAUUAGGUACUGAAUGAUGCAUUGCACACUGUGAUUUAAAGAAACAAAUGCUAUGCUACAUCACACCUUUAUUUUUGACCAGAGCUGUACUCUGAAAGUUGUCACGGAAAAUAAAAGGGAAACUUUCUGGGACUGGAAGAUGGGGGGAAGAGUGGAAGGAAGGAAAGAGGUUUGGAAAUCACUCUAUGUAGGUGAGCGCAUGUUGCACUGCAGUCAGGAGAAAAUUUAAGUGCUAAAAAUGCUUGCACUAAAGGACUAGAGAGAAAGCAGUCUAGAGCACUAAUCUCCUUAUUCUGCACAUGACUGUAGUCCACGUAUAAAAUCAUGCAAGAGAAAUCCAGUGCCUUCUACAGAACUCUUGUCUUUAUCCACGCAGAACCAGGUCCUGCCAAGAGGCAUUUGCAAUGGCAGGGCUCAGGCUUGCGGCCCCGGGGGACCCCAAAUUCCCACCGACAUCAGGACGUGCGCUCCAUACACGCCGUGGCUUCUGUGGGAACACGUACAUUUGCAUGCAGCAGACCUGGUUCUUUACUCACUUGCACAGGUUUUACCCCUGUGUGAAGCUGCGUUUGGUUAACACCAGUGUGAGGAAGGGGAAGUCUUGGUCAUGUGUGGAACAAGCCAACCAAAAACGAUCAAAGGGGCUGGCAGGAGCGUGUUUGCUGAUGUACAGUCUGAGAGCACGGACUACGGGGGUGAAUCACCAGUUGCUUUUACUCCAUAAUUGUGAGUGUUAAGAGUAAAAAUGUGAGAUAUUUACAUCAAAUGUAACACUUUUUAUGAAACUUGUAAGCACCAGGAUGUUUACUUACGCGAUUUUGGUUCGCCAUUAAAUUUCUAUCUGUGAUAGAUCACAUGCUAUGUAAAAAGUGGGGGGGGAAGGGUUAUAGUUUACUAUUUUUGAAGUUUACAUUGUUGCAUACAAAAUUAAAAGUGUUCUUUUGAACUGCUGCCAUACCCUAAGGGUCCCUGCUGCCACUGAGGUCCUCUUUGUCUCAGGCAGGGGUGGCAUCCACUUCAAAACAUUUUAGCAAAGCAACUUCAGAUUCCAUUAUCUGUUUGGCAAAGCUAAAUAAUAAAAGAUUUUAAACUCA